UUCAGUUCGGACAUGAAGCGACUGUAAAUGCGGUGUACACGGAGCCACACUAAACAUGAUUUAUUUGGUUUUAAUUUCAGCGUUUGUCGGGGCGGUGGUGACACUGCUGUUACAGCUGGCUCUGCUCUACCGGAGGAGUCCGGAGCCUGUAGGAAGGACAGUCCAGUAUGUCAAAGCGGUGCCUGAUCCGGCUCUGAAGGAUUACUUUACGAACCCGCAGCCGGCGGCCGGACAGCAGGAUGGAACCGCGGCUAAAGCGCCGGACGGUGCGGGCUCGGGUGCGAGCCCGGGUGCGAGCCCAGGUGCGGGUGCGCCAGGUGUCGGGGCUCCGCAGGGCGAGCCGGAGACGUGCGGCUUCCUCAACGCGAUCUUCCUGUUUCUGUUCCGCGAAUUGCGCGACACGCCGCUGGUGCGCCACUGGAUCACCAAGAAGAUCCGUGUGGAGUUCGAGGAGCUGCUGCAGACCAAGACCGCAGGCCGCCUGCUGGAAGGGCUGUGCCUGCGGGACGUGUCGCUGGGAGACUCCGUCCCGGUGUUCAAGUCUGCGCGCCUGAUGCGCCCGGUGCGGCUGGAUGACAGCGGCAUGCCCGAGGAGCUGAACUUCGAGGUGGAUCUGGAGUACGCGGGUGGUUUCCACCUGGCCGUGGAUGUAGACCUGGUGUUCGGGAAGUCCGCCUACCUGUUCGUCAAGAUGCGCCGGGUGGCGGGCCGUCUGCGCCUCCGCUUCAGCCGCUUUCCCUUCACCCACUGGUCCUUCUCCUUCCUGGAGGAUCCGCUGGUGGACUUCGAGGUGAAGUCCCAGUUUGAGGGUCGUCCUCUGCCCCAGCUCACGUCCAUCAUCGUCAACCAGCUGAAGAGGGUCAUCAAGAAGAAGCACACACUACCCAACUACAAGAUAAGGUACAAGCCUUUCUUCCCAUUCCAAGUGCAGCCGGCGCCCGAGCCGGACUUCUCGGUCCAGGACGAACGGUUGGUGGAGGGACGUCUGCGUGUGACGCUGGUUGAAUGCAGCAGGUUGUUUAUUUUGGGCUCGUACGACAGGGAGACCUACGUCCACUGCACCAUCGAGCUCAGCAGCCACGAAUGGAAAGAAAAACCUCGCAGCUCCAUUAAAAGGACUGAGGUCAUUAAAGGUCCAAACGGCAGCGUGGGGAUGACGUUCCGGCACGUUCCAGCUAUCGAAGGGGACGUGGUGCAUGUUAGCAUCGAGACGGUCACCCCUAACUCACCUGCAGCCCAAGCUGACCUGCAGAAAGGAGAUCGCCUGAUUGCCAUUGGAGGGGUCAAGGUAACGUCAUCCGUCCAAGUCCCGAAGCUCCUAAAACAGGCUGGAGAACGAGUGGUUGUGCUGUAUGAGAGACCAAUCAGACACCAGAUGUCUGCCAUGAACUUGCCUCCCCUCCAGGACACCCUUGGUCCCCUGGAGGAGCCAGGGUAUCCCAUGGCUGGAGGUUAUGAGGAGGACCCAGCUCACAUCACCACCAUGGAUGUCACGGAGGUCAAAGACAACGACUCGGAGUUCGAGGAACUCCUGGUGGAGCCCAAACCCGCUGUAGCUCCAGUCAGCGUGGAGACAAAAGAGGACUCCCUGCUUUCUGUAAACCAAAGUCCUAAAAAGACAGUCGCCAACCUGGCUUCCAAGCCCCUGGGCACUAUCUCGCCCAUCCUUAAUCGGAAGCUCAACCUGUCCGGACUUCAAUCCCCACUUAAACCCCAACCUAAAGAGUCACCAAAGCCCUCGCCUCACAAGACUGCAGAACCACCUGAACCACCGCAGAGGCCAACGGUGCCCCCUCCUCCUCCACCUGUGCGUCCCCCUGUCCCUCCCAGACCCCACAUCAAAGUGACAACUGCCUGCUCUGAAUCCCCAAACACGGCAAGCUCGGAAGGAGGCGAAUCCACAGUCGAGAAAUCCUCUGAAAGAGCUCCACCGCCUGCGAGCAACGGCGAGAAACCUGCAGCGGAGAAAAGUCCGACGAAAGUUUCCGAGCCGAAGCCUGUAAGCAAACCCGCCGAGACGGCAGACGAACUCCCGGCUGGCCCACUUCCCGCUAAACAAGACACGACCAAAGACAAAAUAGCAGAGAGCUCUUUCGUUAUAAAGGACAGCAUGGACGAGCAAGGUCUUUGGCAGUCGUCGGAGGCCAUGUUCCGAAACAGAUACGCUCGCUGGAGCAAGUCCUCGGUCGUCUUUGACGUUGAAAGCCACCAUAAAUACCUGAACGUAGCUCUUUGGUGCAAGGAUCCCUUUAAGCUAGGUAGUCUCUUAUGUUUAGGCCACGUUAGCCUGCAUUUGGAGCACGUAGCCCUGGAAUGCCUUUGCAUAUCAUCCGCGGAAUACCAGAGCAACUUUUCCUUGUGUGCCCCGGAACCGAGGGCCAGCGUCAGCCGCACCGCACUCCGUAGUCUGAGCACUCAUAAGGGCUUUAACGAAAAGCUGUGCUACGGAGACAUCACGCUCAACUUCACCUACCUAGGAGAGGGAGACUCUGACCUGUCCAGUGGACUCACUGAGCAGGAAGGAAGCUCGCAGUGUGAGGAGCUGAGGGAAAGCGAGCGAGAACGGGACCACAUACUGGCCGACCUGAGCUACAACCCCAUGCAGCUCAACGAGGUCCGGCACAACUUUCAGGACACGCAGUUCCAGAAUCCCACCUGGUGCGACUACUGCAAGAAGAAGGUUUGGACCAAGGCUGCGUCGCAGUGCAUCGUCUGCGCUUACGUUUGCCACAAGAAGUGCCAGGAGAAGUGUCUUGCCGAGCAUCCUUUCUGUCUGUCCAUUACCGACCGUCGCAGCACGGAUCCAGAGGCGAAGUCCCCAAUCAACCGGGCGACUACCGGUCUCACACGGCACAUCAUCAACACCAGCUCGCGUCUGCUCAACUUGAGGCAGGUCCCCAAAGCCAGACUGGCAGAACAGACGACGGAUGCCGGCCCCGGAGUCGCCGAACCCUCGCCGAAACACACGCCGAACACUUCAGACAACGAGAGCAGCGACACGGAGACCUACACCGGCGCCAGUCCUUCAAAACAGCCUUCCAGCGGAGGCACCAAGUUGGCGCGCAAAGAGGGAGGGUUGGACGACAGCGUGUUCAUCGCGGUCAAGGAGAUCGGACGAGAUCUGUACCGCGGCCUCCCUACGGAUGAACGCUCGCAAAAGCUGGAGCUGAUGCUGGACAAGCUUCAGCAGGAGAUCGACCAGGAGCUGGAGCACAACAACUCCCUGAUCGCAGAAGAGAGGGAAACGAACGACGCCCGACGCAAAGCCUUGAUCACCUCCGCGCUGACCAAGUCCGGCGAACGGCUUCAGGCUUUGACUCUGCUCAUGAUCCACUACCGCGCCGGCUUCGAGGACCUGGAGUCGUUGGAGAGCACCCCGCCUUCCGAACAGCACGGCUUUUCCAAGUCGAAAUCGGCGGGUCUGGAGGAGGACCUGAUGAGCACCGAGGUGUACGACAGUGACGUUUGCAGCCCGGUUGAUGUCCUGAAUGAUAUAAGCGAGGAGCAGUUGUGCGUGGAAGCAAUGCCACGUUAGGGGACUCCGAAUCGACAUUUUAGGGUGGGGUUGCCGGGACUAAUGUGAGGUUUGGUAACUUGUAUCACAAGAUACUCAGAACUCAGAGCUGUUGCCUUGCAGGGGAAGUGUUGGCAGUUCUUUAGUUUGGUGUUUUUAUUUUUUCCCUGUUCCAGACUCCUUGUAGUGCAGCGCAUUGGUGCAAAAUAUCAAUCAAGAACUUUUAGGGCAGUAUUAAAAUGUUUACCGUCCAUCAUGCUAUCGUGUAGAGCAAAGCGAGGUACCAAACUACGCAGUACCAACAAAAUACGCAGUACCAAUUUUUAUGGUAAUCAAACGGAAGCGCCAACUUGUAGCACCCGUGUUAUGUAACAUCCAAGCGAGGAAAAUGCCAGGAGAGCGUUCUUACUUGCUUGCUUUGUCGUGAGCUUUAGACAUUUUUGCGCUUGUCGUCUGCCCCAAGCCGGUCCGGUUAAACCCUAAAGAAUCGUUUAAACCCUAACGCAAUGUUGAUUUGUUUUCCUGGGUUUUGUAUUUCGUUUCUCCACCUUUAACGUCUUGUGUUUAUUUUUUAUUAUAUUUUGUAUUAAUUCUAACUAUUCUAAAUAUUCAGUCAGAUAUUUAUCUUAAUUUUCUUUUUAUUGUUUAAGUUUGUUUAUUAUUAUUAUUAUUAUAAGGGAAUUGUUAUGGAACGUUGGGUGGUUAUGAUGCCUUUCAGGGGAUCGUAGUCUGGAUCGUUCAAGCGCUAAUGCCAAACAAAUGUGACUUUUUUUGGGUUCUUGUUUUGGUGCUUCGUCUUGUUACAUUUUCUUCUCCGUUCACCACUGUGGUUUAUUUAAUCUAGCUACUGUUACGCCGACCUGCCGAAUUCACACCUUCUACCCCUACGUGGUAUAAGCUAAACAAAAUGCUUUAUUGACUUCACUGCUUUUUUCUCUAGUCGUAUCCUAGCCUAGCCUGUGGGCAGAGGUAACUCAGUGGUUAAGAUGCUGGACUAGUAAUCAUGAGGUUGCUGGUUCAAGCCUCACCACCACCACCGUUGGGCCCCUGAGCAAGGUCCUUAACCCUCAAUUGCUCAGAUUGUAUUCAGUCAAAUCGCUUUGGAUAAAAGUGUUCGCUAAAUGCUGAAAAUGUAAAUGUAGCCUUGGCUACAGGCUACAUUUUCAGUAUAGCUCCCCCUUUAGGUGAAUCUGGGCAACUGAAAUACAAAUGUGUAGGAGGAAUUAUAAAUAUUACACCAGCGCAGCUACAACAGUGUUGGUGCAUCCAGACGUCUGCCAAUUAAAACCUGCGAAUCAGUGCUAGCAUGCGACGUCAUCUGUCCAUAGAAUAUGUACAGGUAUGUCACUGUCCCAGCACCUUUUGUAGUGUCAUUAAUGCCCGCCUUGUCUUCACAGCUACCAGAUAAUUAAAAACUUUAAACUAAAUAAGUCUCGAUUGCAAAAUGAGUUGAAAAACUUGUUGGGUUGCGACCCUGUGACCCUCAACAUUUUUAUCAAGGCCAAAUUAAGGCAUGUCUUCAGUUCCACCGUUGACGGGAAUGGUAAGACUAUCUAAGCCACCCUACCGUUUACAAAUGCUGUGAAGUCCAUAGCUAAAUGACGGCGCCACCUAGAGGUAGCGAGUGUAACUCCGGCAUCAGACAGUCUUUUUUGUUCUAAUUUCUGUCUUUCUGUUUUGUCUUUAAUUUUGUUUGUUUGUUUGUUUUUAUUUGGAUAUGCUAAAUCUCCCUGUGCACUCUGGCGCCCUCUACCGGCGGCUUCACACCACUGCUGCCGACACACACGCAUCUGUUACACCGUCUGCUGUUCGAGUCGUCUCGCCAUGUCUCGAGGACCUAUUUUCUCCGUAUCCCUCCACCGCUCGUGCCAGCACCCUGGACCAGACAGAAGAAGGGCGCUGCGGAUUUUAUGUCUAUAAGCGCCCGAACUCGAGCGAACUGGACGUUUGUUACAUGUUUUAUUUAAUGUAUGAAUGUAUUUCCGGACCAACCGGUUACCAGUGCGGUGGAGUGAAAUGCCGUGAUGUAUGUUCCGCUGGUUAACGGCACGUACCCUGAAGGCUAGCACCUUAAAAACUGGCACAGAAUGGACGACUAGCUGGUGUAGAAUUGCUGCGCUUCACUGCAAUGUAAAUGAUUGCGCAAUACAUUAACACUGUCCAUUUAUAUAUGAAAAUAUUAAAAAUUGCUUCCACAUUUGAGUAAACGUGGUAAGUCAAAUGGUAACACAUGGGGUGUCGAAUAAAUUAUGUUCCUUUAAUUAUUUACUAAAAUAAAGUCUUUUCAUG